AUGCCGAAACGGCUUAUACUAUGCUGUGAUGGCACUUGGAUGGACAGUGACGAUGGAUUUCACAAACCUACCCUAAUUCCAUACGUGCCAACUGGAAGGCUACAGGUCCCAUCAAACGUCACCCGAAUCGUUCGGGCUCUCAGCAGAACGGGUCAGGAUGGCACUCAUCAAAUUAUUUAUUACCAUUCUGGCGUUGGAACCUCCUCAGCCGUGCUGGAUGUCUUCACAGGCGGCGCACUUGGGAAAGGUAUAUCUGAGAACAUACGAGAAGUGUACAGUUUUAUUGCAGCAAACUAUGAAUCCGGUGACGAGAUUAUCCUCGUCGGCUUCAGUCGAGGAGCUUUCACCGCACGAAGCGUGGCGGGCAUGAUCGACAACAUCGGCCUGCUAACCCGGGUCGGCAUGGAUAGUUUCUAUGCUGUUUUCAAGGACCAGGAGAACUUCAAAACACCCCGUCAUAAGGAUAUUUUUCCUACGGUCCCAUUCCCGAAUAAGCCACGAGGCCCACAUGCUGGGCGUGAGUACAAGAAGCGCCUUGAAAAGCUAGAUUUAACGAGGGUCUAUGACCCAGACGGGACUAAAAUCCGCAUUCAAGCCGUAGCUGUCUGGGAUACCGUAGGCGCUCUUGGAAUACCUAACAUUUCAUUAUUUGAUAAAAUCGGCCUAAAGAGUUCCACCAAGGAGUUUAAAUUUUACAACACUGAUCUUUCCGGCGUGAUUAGACAUGCGUUUCAGGCACUGGCUCUUGACGAGCAUCGCCAUCCUUUUGACCCCGCAGUGUGGGAGAGAAAGGACAUGAAACAUGAAACUACGAUGGACUUGAGGCAGGUUUGGUUUCCUGGCGCCCACGGAAAUGUUGGUGGUGGAUAUGAUGACCAAGAGAUAGCGAAUAUCUCUCUGGCUUGGAUGAUGGACCAGCUCGCCUCAGUCGGUGUAGCGUUCCGAGAUGAAUUCAUUGACCAUAUAUUUAAGAAAAGCGUCGAGUUCUAUGAGGACCCAACCGCAAUCCCUCCUACACCAUUUAGUCUCUUCUCCCGUCGUCCAGAGAAACAGUGGGCCAUCAAGUCGAUCUACGACAAGCAUAAGCCCGUCAGGCCUUGGGGUCUUGGCAAAGUAUACAAUUCAGAAACCGGAAUUUACGCUCUGGCUGGCAAGACACUUCGCACGCCUGGUCUGAACAUGCGCCGAGACUCUGAUACCGGGGAGUCAACUGGAGUGCUCAUGACAGAUACCAACGAGAGGAUUCAUAGCAGUGUCCGAAUCCGUCUCGAACUCGAGGGCCUCGGUCUGGACGACAUCGGGUUGUAUGGAUGCAAUGCCCUACUGAAGAAUGGGCUAUGGCGACUUCGACAGAAACGCAUGAAAAACUGUGAUCCCAUCCCCUGGAAUGCAACCUGGGGUCCCGGUACAUCUCCACUUGCGAAUCCUCAAGAUGACUUACGAUGGGUCUGGGAAUACUGUGGUCCGGAAGAUGGAGCACCUAACGACCGGAUUAUGGUCGAGGAGAGCUUGGGGCCUUAUGAGCGAAAACUGCUACUUCUAAACAAGGGGCGGGCAUUUUACAAACGCCACAACCGGACAAAGCGUAGGAAGCGUUCAUCAACAACACACUACAGCUCCCGCACUGCCUAUCAAGAAACUGAAAGCGAGAGUGUACUAGUUGAUAGCCCCGGCGACAGUUACCCAGAGAGGGUGAAGAUCAACCACCCCCGUGAUCGGUAUAGUUCUAGUCGCUAUGAAAUCGAGACCGAGACGCUUAUUGAUAGAGGCGGAUACGGUGUUAGUCGGAGCCGGGAGAAAUUCUCCUCCCCCAGGCCUGGCUCUGUAAGAUACGUGGAGAGGGAGAAGGAGAGAUAUAGUGAUUAUGAGCCUGACCGCCGUGCUAGUAUGAGGUAUUGA